AUGGAAGAAUUCAAUUUGCCCAAAGCAGAAACUGAAGUUUUUUUAUUUGAUUUCGAAGGGAUGACAAUUUUGAACGUGUGCCUGUUAUAUGGAGGUCACACAUCACUUAUACUAGUGAAUGAUACGUGCAAGUAUGAUGAGUUGGUUAACCUUGUUAUUUCAGAAUUGGGGCUUAAUCAUGCAGAAGUAGGUGUGAGAUUAACAUAUUCUUUGGAUUCUAGUUUACCUCCAGUUCGGAUACUAAGUAAUAAUAAUGUCUUAACGUAUUUGAGGCUAAGAUCUUUGGAUGGCAUUGUAUCGAACUAUCCUAUUGCAGUUGAUGUUAUCACUACAGACUCAUGGCAGUCAACAGCUCAGGAUAUAUGUGACUCGGUUACUACAAUUGAGAAUGGAAACAUUGAAGAAGAUGUGACAUUGAUAUCUCAAGCAAAUGCUAGAGAAGUAGUGGAGGGAAAUGUUUUUCGCAAUAAGGAAGUACUGAAAAUGAGUUUGGCCCUCUAUGCCAUACAAAACAAAUUUGAAUAUAAGGUGUUGAGAUCGGACAAAAAAGAGUACGUAAUAAAGUGCUCUCAAGAUGAUUGCAAGUGGAUAUUUAGAUCUUCACGCUUGGGAGAAACGAAAAUGUUUAAGAUCAGGGAAAUCUAUAAUGGUCACACGUGCUCAAUGAACAUUGUUUUAGGAUCUCAUCGACAAGCAUCUAGCUCAAUGGUGUCAAACUACAUCAGGUAUAAAUACACUUCUUCACGUACAAUAUACACUCCUAAUGAUAUCUCAAAUGACAUGUUGCACAAAUAUGGAGUAUCGGUGAAUUAUAUGAAGGCAUGGAGGUCACGUGAGCAGACAUUAAAAUUGAUUAGAGGUGAUCCAACAACAUCGUUUCAGUUGCUACCUUCUUAUUUUUUUAUGUUACAACAGAUGAACAUAGGGACAAUCACACGAAUAGAAACUGAUCAUUUAGAUAGAUUUAAAUAUUGUUUUAUGGCUUUGGGUGCAUCGAUUGGUGGUUGGAAAUAUUGUAGACCAGUCAUUGUUGUUGAUGGUACAUAUUUAAAUGGUCACUACGGCGGUACACUCUUUACUGCUUGUACACAAGAUGCAAACAACAAUAUCUUCAUACUAGCUUUUGGGAUUGGGGAUAAUGAAAACGAUAAGUCGUGGAGAUGGUUUCUUGAGGUGUUGAAGAGGGCAUACGGAUCUAGAGAUGGAUUAUGUAUAGUAUCCGAUAGACACAAUAGCAUAAGAAAUGCCAUUGAGUUUGUAUAUCCAGAGGCAAUGCAUGGGAUCUGUUCAUACCAUUUGCUGAAAAAUUUGAAGUCACAUUAUGCAAAAUCAGGUCACAAUGUCACACAUGCAUUCAAUUCUGCUGUAAGAGCUUAUACAGUGGAUGAAUUUGAAUACCAAAUGCAGCAAUUGGACUCAAUAAAUGAAGAUAUCAGGGGAUAUUUGUUGGAUGUUGGAUAUGAAAAAUGGUCAAGAUUGCACAUGCCAACCAAUAGAUACUCUACUCUGACAUCAAACAUAGUAGAAUCUGUUAAUGCAGUCACGAAGGCGGCAAAAAAUUACCCCAUUGAAGCACUUCUAAAAUCAUUGAGAGAUGACGCACAUGGCACUUUCACAAAGCUUGCAACAAAAUAUGAGAAGUUGUUAAGGGAAAUGAGCAAUGAUGUGAGAAAUCUAAAGGUUUCACCUGCAAGUCACGCUUUAUUUGAAGUGAGGGACAAUUCUUCAUCAUACAUGAUUGAUAUAACUCUACAUACAUGUAGUUGUAGAAUGUUUCAAGUGGAUCAACUUUCCUGUCCACAUGCACUGGCAGUAAUAGCAACAUUGAAGCUGAAUGUAUAUGACUUUUGCUCUAUGUAUUACACAAGAGAUGCAUAUCUAAAUACCUACAAAGAGACUGUAUUUCCUGUAGGUAAUAAAUCAGAAUGGAGUUUGCCAGAAGAUAUAAGUAAUAGAGUUGUUUUUGCUCCAAACCAAAAGAGAAGUUCUGGACGGCCUACUGAGAAGAGAAAGAAGCCAGCAUAUGAAAGAUCACAAGUUGUGAAAUGUGGAAGAUGCGAUGAGACCAACUUGUGUGUUCAAACUAAACCUGAAUGUCAUCUUCCACUAGAUGGGACCAAUUCUAUGCUUACUUCUUUUGUAAGAGUGUCGAUGAUAAAUGUUAAGAAUUUGUGA